AUGCAUCCAAUUCCCACUCCGAUCUUAAGAACCCGUGGCCUCGCUGUGCCGUCUCGUGGCCUCCCAGCGCCACCUCCUCGGCCAGCCAUGGCCGUUUCGCGCGUGUCGCCGCAGUCCGUGCGCGCGGUGCCGCCCCGCGCCACGCGCGCGGCGAAGAUCACGGGGAUUUACAUCGGACUGGUGGGGCUGGCGCUCUUCGUGGCGCCUGAGAGCUGCUUUUCCCUCCUCUUCGACCCCCAGGAGCUGCGAGCCAUUUGGAUUCGGGUCUUUGGCAUCUUGUGCGCCGUGCUGGGCUGGUAUUAUUAUGGAGCUGCACGUGACAGCCGAGGCUUCUUGGAAGCCAGCGUCUCGGGUCGACUUGGCUUGGCUGCGGCGCUCUGUGCAGCCGUGGCCAUGGACCGGCAGAAACACUGGGGCCUCCUUCUUUUGGCCGCCACCAACGCCGUGGGCGCCUACUUCAUGCACCGCGCCUUGAGAUGA